GAGGCAGUAGAGAGUGGGGCUGGGUCUGAUUGCUGCUCUGAGCAGGAAAAACCUCAGUCUGUCUUCAUGGUGCAGCGAUAACCUGGACUCUUUUUUUCCUUCCUCUUCCCUGUUACUUUGCACACAAGAACAGCUCAUGUCUUUGAUAUGGGCAUGAUGAUCUUUCAGCCUUAUAGGACUGUCCUGUUUCUGGCUUUAUCUCUGGCUUUUUUACAAUUUGUGAAAUGCCAAGAAGAAAACGGUGAGGAUGAAUUGAGCUGUGCAGAAAACGGGCAGGUGUACACAAACAGAGACAUCUGGAAACCUGAACCAUGCAGGAUCUGUGUUUGUGACAGCGGGACCAUCUUGUGCGAUGAGGUGCAAUGUGAUGAAGUGUCUAACUGUGGAAAGGUAGUAAUCCCAGAAGGAGAGUGCUGUCCUGUUUGUGACACAUCAGAUAGCAGUGGCAAUGGCAGACCAGCGGAGAGAAUUGUCAAGGGUCAGAAAGGGGAACCCGGAGAUGUCCCACAUGUUACUGGAAUAAGAGGUCGUCCUGGACCAAUGGGGCCUCCAGGAGCACCAGGGUUUAGAGGAGACAGCGGACCGAAAGGUCGACCUGGUCUCAGAGGUCCCCCAGGAUAUGAUGGAGAGCCCGGUAUUCCAGGACAGCCAGGAGAGCCAGGGCCCCCAGGACAUACCCCAGGAGGCGAGUUGUCUUCACAUAUGGCCGGGGGAUUUGCUGACAAAACAGGAGCUCAGCAUGCUAUGAUGCCUGGAGUUCGGGGAGAGGCUGGAACAAGGGGACCCCCUGGGCCAAAUGGGGCACCAGGGGUGGCAGGACCACAAGGACCUCCUGGUGAUGUUGGAGAUCCAGGGUCAAUGGGUGGCACUGGCCAGAGAGGACCGGAGGGUCCUCCAGGGAAGCCUGGUGAAGAUGGAGAACCAGGGACUUCAGGAAGUGCAGGAGAAAUGGGAUUUCCUGGAUCUGCGGGAGCAAGAGGAUUUCCAGGGACGCCGGGGCCUCCAGGCUUAAAGGGCCACAGAGGGCAUCAAGGUGUAGAGGGUCUUAAAGGAGAACGUGGAGCUUUGGGAUCAAAGGGUGAAUCUGGUGGACCCGGUGCAAUGGGUGCCCCUGGUCCUAUGGGUCCCAGGGGAAUGCCAGGAGAAAGAGGACGCCCAGGCCCUAGUGGCACACCGGGUAUGCGUGGUGCUCAAGGAAACGUUGGAAAACCAGGUCCAAUGGGUCCUUUGGGAAUUAAUGGUGCCCCAGGGUAUCCUGGAGGUCCAGGCAUGAAGGGUCAACCAGGACCUACAGGUGUGAGGGGACCAGAGGGACCACAGGGACAGAGAGGAGAGACAGGACAUCAAGGCAGACCUGGACCAACUGGACAACAAGGGCCUAUGGGCACUGACGGUGGUCCAGGUUCCAAAGGGCCAGUGGGAGCUCAUGGUCCUCAGGGUCCUGUUGGUCUGCUUGGCCCACUUGGCCCACCAGGACCUCAGGGAAGCACUGGACAGCCUGGGAUCAAAGGUCAAUUGGGAGAUGUAGGUGUUCCUGGAUUUAAAGGAGAGGCUGGACCUAAAGGAGAACCUGGUCCACCAGGAGCACAGGGAGUAAUUGGACCUCAGGGAGAGGAGGGAAAACGUGGACCCAGAGGAGAUCCUGGUUCUGUUGGCCCUCCCGGACCUGUUGGUGAGAGAGGGGCACCUGGAAACCGAGGGUUCCCUGGUCAAGAUGGCUUACAGGGUCCAAAGGGUGCACAAGGUGACCGUGGAAUUACAGGAACCUCUGGCCCUAAAGGCUCUACUGGAGAUCCAGGGAGAACAGGUGAACCAGGUCUACCAGGCGCAAGAGGUUUAACAGGGACACCUGGAGUUCAGGGUGCCGAAGGAAAGCCAGGACCACUGGGUGCUCCAGGUGAGGACGGGCGGCCAGGGCCUGCAGGGUCAACUGGAACAAGAGGCCCUCCUGGAACUAUGGGACCAAUAGGCCCAAAGGGUUUUAGCGGGGAUCCAGGAAAGGCAGGUGAGCAGGGAUCUGCAGGAGUUCCUGGGCAGAGGGGCCCACCUGGGAAAGAUGGAGAAGUAGGCCCAGCUGGUCCACCAGGCCCACAUGGUCCAGCAGGUGAGAGAGGCGAACAGGGACCUCCCGGAAUGAAUGGUUUCCAGGGUUUGCCAGGACCAGCAGGUGCUCCUGGAGAGGGAGGAAAACCUGGUGAUCAGGGUAUCCCUGGUGAGGGAGGCCCUGUAGGCCAAAUUGGGCCAAGGGGUGAGCGUGGAAUUCCGGGAGAGAGAGGAGAGCUGGGAUCUGCUGGUCUGCCUGGAGCCAAAGGUAUCCCAGGAGCACCUGGUCCUGAUGGCCCAAAGGGUAGCCCUGGACCUACUGGUACGUUGGGUGAUCCAGGCCCUCCUGGUCUGCAGGGAAUGCCAGGUGAAAGAGGGAUCUCUGGCCCACCUGGUCCAAAAGGAGAUAGAGGAGCUAUUGGUGAGAAAGGAUCUGAGGGCACUCCAGGAAGUGAUGGUGCAAGGGGCUUGACAGGCCCAGUUGGUCCUGCAGGACCCGCUGGCCCAAGUGGUGAAAAGGGAGAACCAGGCCCUAAGGGACCACCUGGACCUCAAGGAUCAAGAGCAAUGCCAGGAUCCCGUGGUGAACCUGGGCCAAUAGGUGCUGUAGGCUUUGUUGGACCACCUGGUCUUGAUGGUCAGCCCGGUGUGAAAGGACCACCAGGGGAGCCUGGACAAAAGGGUGAUGCUGGAUCUCCUGGCCCUCAAGGGUUGGCUGGUCCUCCAGGUCCACAGGGCAAAAUUGGUGUGGCUGGACCAAAGGGUGGUAGAGGAACACAGGGGGCACCUGGCCCAACAGGUUUCCCUGGAUCUGCUGGAAGAGUUGGCCCACCUGGUCCAACGGGUCCUCUUGGUGAGCCAGGUCCACUUGGUCUUCCUGGAAAAGAAGGUCCACCUGGUCUUCGAGGAGACCAUGGACCCCCAGGACGCCAGGGAGAGAGAGGCCCCCCUGGGCCUUCUGGAGGCCCUGGAGACAAAGGAGAUUCUGGAGAAGAUGGACCACCGGGGCCUGACGGUCCACCAGGUCCUGCUGGAACAACGGGGCAAAGAGGAAUUGUAGGCCUUCCUGGUCAAAGAGGAGAACGUGGAAUGCCAGGACUCCCUGGACCAGCUGGUCCUCCAGGAAAACAGGGCACAUCAGGAGCCCCAGGAGACAAAGGACCUCCUGGCCCAGUUGGGGUGCCUGGCGCUAAUGGACCUCGGGGAGAUCCUGGACCUGAUGGGCCCGCUGGAUCUGAUGGCCCACCAGGAAAGGAAGGUGUCAUAGGAGCCCAGGGUGAUCGAGGAGAUCCAGGCCCAGAGGGUUUGAUUGGAUCUGUAGGACAACCUGGUUCCCCCGGUCCUGUCGGUGCAACUGGAGGCGUUGGAAAGAGAGGAGAACCUGGUUCAAAAGGACCCUCUGGCCCUCCAGGUCCUGCUGGAAAACGAGGACUCACAGGACCUCAAGGACCAAGAGGAGAUAAGGGAGAUGUGGGUGACCAUGGAGAAAGAGGACAGAAGGGUCACAGAGGAUUUGCAGGCUUACAAGGUCUUCCUGGACCACCUGGCACAACUGGAGAACAGGGAGCCCCAGGCAUUGUUGGUCCAAGUGGACAAAGGGGACCUCCCGGGCCCUCUGGGCCACCUGGAAAGGAAGGGUACAUUGGACAGCCUGGACCUAUGGGACCUCCUGGUUCAAGAGGGUCUGGUGGUGAUAUUGGACCAGAGGGACCUCCUGGAGAUCCUGGCCCACCUGGCCCUCCCGGAUCUCCUGGACCUCCCACUGCGGCAAUGGAAGACUUUUUUGGUGGGCCUCAAGAUUAUGAUGCUGGUCCUCCUCCCCCAGAGAUGAGUGAGGAUGAGGCUCUUCCCAAGAGUAACUCUACAGGCAUGUUCCAGGCUGAUCCUGGAGUUCAGGCUACUUUGAAGGCCCUGAGCAGCCAGAUUGAUAGCAUGCGUAGCCCUGAUGGUAGUAGAAAGCAUCCUGCCAGAACUUGUGAGGACUUGAAACAAUGCUACCCUCAAAAAAAGAGUGGUGAAUACUGGGUGGAUCCAAACCAGGGAAGUGCAGAGGACGCCAUUAAAGUUCAAUGCAAUAUGGACACUGGAGAGACAUGCAUCUCCGCAAUCCCCACAAGCAUCCCCCGGAAGUCAUGGUGGAGUUCCCCAGGAAAUAAACCUGUGUGGUUUGGAGCCAACAUGAAUGGAGGAACAUAUUUCACUUACGGGAACAAAGACCAGCCAGCCAACACUGUCACAGUUCAGAUGACUUUCAUCCGUCUGCUCUCCAAAGAGGCAUCACAAACUAUCACUUACCACUGCAAGAACACUGUGGGCUACAAGGAUGAAUCAACUGGAAACCUCAAGAAAGCAGUCAUCCUCAAAGCUUCAAAUGAUCUAGAGCUCAAAGCUGAGGGAAAUAACCGCUUUAGAUACACUGUCCUUGAGGACAGCUGCUCACAAGCAAAUGGUAAGUGGGGCAAGACGGUGUUUGAAUACAGGACCCAGAAAACAGCAAGACUACCUAUUGUGGAUAUUGCACCUGUGGACAUUGGAGGUUCAGACCAGGAGUUUGGUAUUGAUAUUGGGCCUGUGUGCUUCUUGUAAAUCAAGGAAUAGAGAUGCAUUGAAGAGAAUCCUGAGACUCUUAAAGUGACUGCUGACAAGAUCAGCCUUGUACAUACAGAGCAUUGGACUUUUCUGGCCCUUUAGCGAGAUAUUUAUUGUGCCUUCCAAGCAUUUCAAGAAAACAACCGCUCCACAAGGUUUUUACAGAAUGGUCCCUUAAAAAAAGAAAUUCAAUUUGACUGAAUUUUUAUACUACAAGACUAUCCAUCAACUGCUGUUUUAAAUUGACAUGGCCAUUGCAAGUAAUAGAGUAAUGAUGCUACACACUGUACCAACACUAGUUGCAAUUAAAAUCAUCUGGAUUUGCCUGUUUUCAUUACAGUAUGUUUUCUAUUUUUUUGUAUUAUUAUUAUUUUUACAAACAAAAAUGGUGCUAUAGAGGAAGUUUGCGUUCAGUUGAGUAUUUUUUGACUCCCAAAACUGUACUCUUGUACAUUCACCCUGUAAUUACUUUCGAACCGAAUUUACUAUUAAAGAUGAAAACAUUUAUUCAUUAGUGCAAGCUACCUCGUUUCUAUAAACUGGCGAAAGCUGACAACAGACUUGCUGUACGUGAAUUCUGAUAAGGAGCUGUACGACUGGUUGUAUUUCUCUCAUCAAAAGGUACAAAGCAGCAUAAGGAAAUGCAAAUAAAAUUAAAUGCAUCUCAGACUCUAAUUGUUAAAAGGUGCAUUGUUAUUUCUCUUUCCCAAAAUGAAAACCAAGUAUCCAAGUGCAAUGCAGGAGAUAUAUUUUUCCUCUAGUGAUCUAAAAGUAGCCCUUGCUUUAGUUUUAGGUUUUGUAAAGGUAAAAGGCACAAUUUAGUAAAAUGCUGGAGCAGUUAAAUAAAUUAGAGCAGUAUUGACAAUUUUUAUGAUGUCAUAUUUGCUAAAGCAUGCAGGUAUACCUAUCAUUCUUGCGCUUUUUCUUCUUUUAUUAUUAUUUUAGAACUCUUUUAAGCCAUUUGGUAUGGCUUUGAAGCUAAUCUCAUGUAUUUGCUUUGCAAAUUAAACAUAUGCUCAGUACAUUUACCAUUUUAUUAAAUCAAUCAAAAUUUU